AUGCCAGCAACAACAAUGGAGGAGCCAGAGGUUCACGCCUUCUUCGAGUCCGUGACAGGCUCAUGGCAAUACGUCGUCGCGGACACGCGCCAAAAGACCAAGACCAACGACGCCGUCAUCAUCGACCCUGUCCUCGACUACGACCGCGUGACAGGCAAAGUGUCGACGCACUCGGCCGACCAGAUCCUCGCCCUGGUGGCCGACCGUGGGUACACCGUCACGAAAAUCCUCGAGACGCACGCCCACGCCGACCACCUCUCCGCGUCGCGCUACCUCCAGAACAUCCUCAAGGAGCGCCAGCGGCAAAGCACCACCGCCCCUCGGCUGCCGCAGGUCUGCAUUGGCCACCGCAUCCGCCAGGUCCAGGAGACCAUGUCCAAGAUAUACGGCGUCCCUGACGCGGACCUCGGCGACGCAUUCGACCACGUCUUCGCCGACGGCGAGACCUUCGCUAUCGGCUCCCUCCAGGUCUGCGUCUUGCAUCUGCCCGGCCACACACCCGACCACAUCGGGUACGUGGUGGGAUCGAACGUCUUCACCGGCGACUCCCUCUUCAAUCCCGACGUGGGCUCCGCACGCUGCGACUUCCCCGGCGGCUCGGCCACGGACCUGUUCCGGUCCAUGCAGCGCCUCCUCUCCCUGCCGGGCCAUUUCAGGCUCUACACCGGCCACGACUAUCCCCCCGACAGUCGCGACGUGCCCGUUGGCCUGAACGUCGAAGGAAGCAAGGCCAUGCCUUUCACCACCGUGGACACCCAGGCCCGGGAGAACAAGCAUGUCAAAAGGGGCACGCGGAUGGAGGACUUUGUCGCCUGGCGGUCGGAAAGGGACAGCUCCCUCGCGGCCCCCAAGCUGCUGGCCCAGGCCAUGCAGGUCAACAUUCGUGGCGGCCGCUUGCCUGCUGAGAGCUCGGAGGGCUUUAAAAUCACGGAAGUGCCCGAGCGAGUGGUUAGAGUCCCGAAGGCUGCUGCUGCGUGA